AUGUUCUGCCUGCGGAGCUGGAUUCCAGUUCUCUUCUUCUUACUACGAACGCACGCCUCCCCCGUCUACCUCGUCCUCUUCAUCUCGGCCACAUACUUGUUAAACCGACCGUGCGUGUACUGCAGCCUCCUCCUCUUCAUCCUCGUCGUCGCGCUCUUCGACUUUCACACACCGUGGUUCGAUGCGCCGUUGUCGGAUAGUGCGGAGCUGGCGCUGAAUGGGACUGUGGCGGAAAGCGCUGGCAUGUUGGCGCAGGCAGUGAAUGCGACGGUCAAGGCUGGGGUGGGCGCGGCGGUGGAGGGAGUCAAGGGGAGGGUUGGCUUGGGACAGGCGAGUGGGAGCGAAGGACAGAGUUAUGAGUGGGUCAAGGGGUUGUUGGGGAAGAAGGAGUGGCGGGUGCAGUGUUUGGAUGUCUUGAUCCGGAUUUAG